AUGACCCGUGACAAUGAUGUCCUCACAUGUGGGGUCACAUACCACACCAUCACGGGGCUUGACGCUGAUUUCUGGUGUUUCUCUGACAUCUUCCUUGGUCUCAAACACCUCCUGGCAACAGCCCUUGCCAGGACCAAGCCACUGUACAUUAUGUAUAAUUACCCGGAGGAACUGGCUCUCUCCCUGCCUCCCCUCACAUUCUCACAGGAACACCUAGACGAUGUUACUCAGGAAGGCAUCCAGGAUCUCCAGGCUCGUGGCUCAUUCAAGACAAUUGUGGCAGAAGCACAGCACGUUGUCUGUGUCUGGUCUUUCCCAGGCUCUAGCACGGUGUCAGCAGCUAAUGGAUUUUUGAAACUGCGCAAAUCAGAAGAGAGACAAGGACAGCGGACAGUUAUUGGAACUCAAGCAGGCGUGGCACAAGCAGGGAAGUUACAAACCACUUAUGAGCUGCUGGCAGAAAUCCCACCAUCCCUGUUUGACCAACAAGGCAUGGGGACGCUAUGGGUCGGAUGGACCUCCCGUGGGAUCAUUCUGGGAUCAGCCAGGUGUCUCAGGCACAUCUUGAGCCUCCGAAGGAAGGCUUUUAGAAGUGAGACCUUCAAGAAAUGGUAGGGGAGCUCAACGCUCAACCCCCCUGGUCCCAUGGUGGCCACCAUCCUUACUAGUGACAAUAUCUGAAUGACCUGAAUUGUCAGCAAGGAUCUCUUCCACUGGAAUGAUGACCACUGGACAAUACAUUGCCCUCACCAGGAUAUGUUGGGAUCCAGAGAGGAGCUCUGCAGGCAGAUGAGAAAAGAAAGUGAAGCUAUGGGAACACCUGAACUGAUAAAGGCACAACAGAGGGAGGCAGGCGAACAUGUCCCACCCUGCCUGCAAUAUGCAGCCACUUACCAUGGGAAGUCUGUGGACCUGCACCACAGGGGUUUGACUCCUGAUCUGGAGGCUAUGAAAGGACAGAGGUUGUCUAACAGCAGAGACAUGGCAGAAGAAAGAAAAUCAAGCCAGGGACAUGCCCCAGGGUCCUUGAAAAUGUCUAUGCCCCAGGUUCCACUGAAGCCAGAAGUCACUGUUCGCAAGGCAGACAGUAACUGCACAACUCGUUAUCAACGCAUGUGCUAG